AUGAGUUACUAUGAUAUAUUAAAUAAGCAAAAUUUAACAUUGCCAGAGUUUGAUACAUUUGAAUCUGUUCCAUCUACACCUUUAAUGAUUGAAGAUGAUUUAGAAGAGUCAGAUGACAGUGAGGGUGAAUUUUGUGAAAUAGAUAAUGACAAUAAUGUUUAUUUUAACAAAAAUAACAAAGACAAGUUUUUAAAUUUAUUUGAAUUGGCAAGAGAUGUGGAAAAUUUGGAAAAAAUUGCAGAUGAUGAAAGUAAUAUUAGUGAUGAUGAAUUUGAAAUCAUGAUUGAUAAAACAACUGACAGUCGCAAUUUUCAUCAAGAAUAUGCAAUAAUGUGUUAUAAUGAAUCAGAUGAAACAGGGAUUUUGCCAGGUUCAUUGGGUGUGUGUGAUGUACACUUUCACUUAGACAGAUCUCCUUAUUUUCAUCCAACAAGCAUUAAAAAAAUCAGAAAUUGUGAAGAUUCAAUUACCACACCAAGACAAUGCUUAUUUUGUGGCCACAAUUUUUAUGUAUUAUCAUGUGGAAAAAGUUGCACAGUACAUACAUGGAAUUUACUUGGAAAAGAUUUGAUUGUACCAUGCAUAACUCAGCAUACAUUCUCAGUGAUGAAUAAUAAUAUUUCGCCAGUAUUUGAAAAAUUACCUGAGGAUCACAUUACCUAUCAUCCACAUUAUAUAUGUCUUUCAUGCUUUGAAAAGAAUGGAGGUCAUGUUCAUAUACCUACAGGAAAAGGCCCAAAUAAAAAAUAUAACCAUGCAUUAAAAGAGAAUGUUUUAUCAAAACUUGUAUCUGUUUUAAACGCUUAUUCAAACAAAAACAAUGAUUUAUUUUUUUUGAAUAACCACACUCUAAAUUUAUUGAAUCCUCUGAUCAUCAAAGCUUUGUUAAAACUUGGUAAAGCUGAUAAAUUAAUUUUAAAACAGAAAAAAAAUCCUGUCAACCCUGGUGAAUGA